AUGGUGACCACACCAUUAGCCAAAUCCGAUGUGGACUCGCCGAGCGCGAGGGCGCGGCCGAGCGGCCACUACGGGGGCGGUCGCGGGCACAGGAGGUACAGAACGCAAAAAAGGAAUGCGCAGAAGAAGCGUCAGCAGUAUUCGUUGGGCGAUGGUGACCCAGUGGCCCAGUUCGACGUGGCCGAUUUCCUGCAGAGCUACGACAACGCGGUGGAUGGCAACGCCCGAUACGCCGACGCGGCCAAAAACGAUUUCAGACGGCGAAAGUCAAAAGGAUACAACAACUUCGACAAUUUUGGAAAUCCCUUCAGCGUGAAUGCAAACGACAAAAGGGGUGAAGGUUGGGCUGAUUCCGCAGAAGAAGAUCAGAACAAUUUAGCCGAAAUAACUCACACGCUCAAGAGUUCGACCGAGUCACUUGAUGAUAAGAACUUUGACUAUAGAUUCGCGGCCGUCGAUGAGACAACAAAAGAGAAUAUAGAUCGUAACCGUAAUUAUCUCCCAAAAAGUAUCUAUGAUGGCGACAUGAUUGAGCGAAGUCAGUCUAUUCAUCAUCAACAGAAAAAAGGGGUUCUCAAGAAUAUAAGAUUCCCUUUUUUUUCCCGUAGCAAGCCCAGCACGUUUAUACCUACGAAAGAUAGAAAGAGGAAGACAUCGAAAAGUUCUAAAGUGGAGAGAACCAAGUCCAUGAUCAACGUAAACGGUCAAGUACUGAACGACGAUAAAGAAAACUUGUACGCUUCGCACUUAGCGAGCGAUUUCUUUAAUAAAAUUAAAAGGUCAUAUAUUGAAAUAAUGUGUCCCGAGUGUAAAAAGAAAUACGUAGCAAAUCCAAAGGCGGUCCCACAAAGCAGGGACGUUUAUGAUAAAGUUAUUCAUAACAGUAGACAAUUCUUCCAAAAUCAAGUAGUGGGUAGAAGUAAUGGUAAGGAUAAGAAAGAUACGGUGUCGUGGCCAGACGUUGGACGAAAAAGACGACAGUAUUACGACGGUGGAAGAGAAAAUAAGGAAAGGCAGUUGCAGGAACUUGAAGAAGUCGCGAGGAAGAUUGAAAGCGUUAACUGUAUCAAGGGUCGACUUCUGCGAUGCGCCGACUUUUUAAGGUACACUUUUCCGUUGCGAUCGUAUCAAAGGGGAAAUGUAACACAAGUUUCCAAUGGCCCGCGGCCGCGGUACCCCAAAGCGUGGGAGGGUGCAGAUGAGGAAUGGGCAAUUUUCGCCGGCGACGCCUCGCGAGCGAACGCCGUGCGAGAUACACUCUCAAUAUUUAAAUGCGCAAUAAAACGGAGUAGAUCGCGACGGGCGUCAAGCGACAGGCGACAAGCCUGCCGC